AUGCGCGUGAGCAUCAUCAUUUUCUCCUUCGUGGUGUUCCUGGUGAAGGGACACAUAGCAAAGUCUGAUGACAAGAAGAACUUCUCAAAGCUUUUCGACGCGAACUUGGUGAACAAUUACGAGAAAUUAUUUAAAGUAAUAAAAUGCCAGUACUGUUUAACUCAGAAAAAAGGAGCACAAAAUGAAAAAUGCAAAAAGAUAAUGAAAGAGUGCAAACACUUGCUGAAGGAUGGAGAGUACAUGACCAUGUUGAAAGAUUUAAUGAGUGACUUGAAGGUGGGAAAAAAUGAACAUGUGUAUGGACCAAAUACAGAGGAGUUGAAGAAAAUUAUCAACUUCUUGGAGUUGCACAAGCAAGAAAUCAAAAAAAUAAAAAACAUGAUUGACACUAUAAAGAAUAAUAAAGCCAUUUUGUUAAUCAAUGGAGGAGACAACGCCAUGGUCCAUAAGUUGAAUAAAAAAAUGAAAUCCCUAAAGAACGGUGUUGAAUACAUACAGAAGAGCCAAGAAGCUAUAACAAAACAUCUAAGUGAGAAUGACGAUGAGGUAAAUAAUAUUCUACCCGACAUGUUUCACUUAAAAGGAACAACAAAUAAAAAUGGCAACGAACUUAUCCAACUAGGAAACGUAACAGAUACUGAUGGUGAAAAUAACUAUGAGUUAGGAAAUCUCGGUGUAGAAGAUGUUAUAAAGAACAGCAUGAAGGGGUUAUUUAAAGAUGGUGAAGGACUCAUGGACGUUGUGAAGAACACCUUGAUGCAAGAAGGAGGAGGAAUUGGUGGAGAGUUAGUUAGCCUCAUAGAAAAGGGAAAAGAAAUCGGACAGAAAAUUGUGGACAUUGAAGGAAUGAUAACGAAUAAGGAUGGAACUGCUAAUGCGGAUGGAACAACCAUUGAAAAAUUGGAUCACUUCAAAACAGAAUUGUCUUCAUAUGAAUUUUUGAUAACCAGCCUUAAAGGAAUCGUCCUGGGUAAACUUAAGGAUAUCUUGCUACGACUUUUGUACAAAGCCUACAUAAGCUACAAGACUAAAAAGGCAAAAGAGUUUGGAGAACCUGUACCAAGUGAAGUGCCAGAAGAAGAAUAUCUCAAUGAACUUAAAAAAGGAGGACUUGAAUUAGGAAUAAAAAUACUCUUCAACAAAUUACGAUAUUUACUCAUCGUCAUAAAGAAAAAGUUAUUCCCAAAGAAGUUUGGAAAUAAGGAGGACAAGACAAAGAAGGGAGAGAACAAGGCACUUCCCAAAAGCGUCACCCUUGAAUCUGCUAAACUCAAUUCCAAUAUGUUGAGAGGCUCUGUUUGCGAGGAAGACGUCAGCCUCAUGACGAGCAUAGACAACAUGAUUGAAGAAAUUGAUUUCUAUGAGAAGGAAAUAUAUAAGGGUUCACACAGUGGAGGAGUGAUUAAGGGGAUGGACUACGACUUGGAAGAUGACGAAAACGAUGAGGAUGAAAUGACCGAACAGAUGGUUGAGGAGGUCGCGGAUCAUAUUACUCAGGAUAUGAUCGACGAGGUAGCUCACCACGUGCUAGAUAAUAUCACUCACGACAUGGCCCACAUGGAGGAAAUCGUCCAGGGGCUCUCCGGGGAUGUCACCCAAAUAAAGGAAAUCGUACAGAAGGUAAACGUGGCAGUCGAGAAGGUUAAGCAUAUAGUGGAAACUGAGGAAACACAGAAAACUGUAGAACCUGAACAAAUUGAGGAAACACAGAACACUGUGGAGCCUGAACAAACUGAGGAAACACAGAAAACUGUAGAACCUGAACAAACUGAGGAAACACAGAACACUGUAGAACCUGAACAAAUUGAGGAAACACAGAAAACUGUAGAACCUGAACAAACUGAGGAAGCACAGAAAACUGUAGAACCUGAACAAACUGAGGAAACACAGAAAACUGUAGAACCUGAACAAACUGAGGAAACACAGAAAACUGUAGAACCUGAACAAACUGAAGAAACACAGAAAACUGUAGAACCUGAACAAACUGAGGAAACGCAGAAAACUGUAGAACCUGAACAAACUGAGGAAACGCAGAAAACUGUAGAACCUGAACAAACUGAGGAAACGCAAAAUACCGUAGAGCCUGAACCAACUCAGGAAACACAGAACACUGUAGAGCCUUAG